AUGACAUCGUAUAGUUUAUUAUUUUCAGAUAAUAAAAUUUGUAGCGAGAGAAAUAAAUCAAUAAUCAAUUUUCCAAACAAGCAUCAUCUAACAUUCACUUAUCAAAUCAACAACAACAACGUCGAGAAAACUUAUUAUUUCAGUCAUAAUAUAGAAAAUCAUGAAUUCUACAUCCAAGAAAUAAUUAACAAAGAUGUAAUAAUAACAGAAAGUGGCAAAUUGGACAAUGGAUACGAAUUGGGAUUUCCAUUCCAAGUCAAUCAACAAAUAUUUUAUUAUGCACAAAGUAAUCAAACAAAGCGUUGGUUCAUUCAGGAAUUGUUGGUGGAUGGAAAGCUGGGAAAAGUGACGGAUCGAGGACAAUGGUUGAAUGUUUAUCAAGUGAUAUUCCCAUUUCAACCAUCUUCUUCUUCUAUUAAAGCUUAUUAUUUUGGUCACAAUGUAGAUUCCAAUUAUUGGUUUAUACAAGAAUUGUUGGAAGGUGGAAAAUUGGGAUUGGAAGUUUGUAAUGGACAUUGGGAAGCACCAUGCCAUAUUCUGAUUCCAUUCAAAAUAAAAGAUAGAGAUUUUUUUUAUUCCCAUAACUUGGAUAGUUGUGAAUGGAAUAUACAAGAAUUGUUGUUUGAGGAUGCUGAUAAUGAAGUUGAUGGCGUUGGUAGUAAAGUGGUUGCUAAAGUGGUCGUUAUUGAUAACGGAAGAUUGAAGAAACCCCUGAGAUAUUGUGUGUCAGAUCCAAUUAAAGAAAUAAGGAUUGUUGGAUAUAGAUUAUUGAGAUAUUUGAUAACUGACACAAAAUCAUUAGAAGAUAUAAUCAAUUUAAAUUAUAAAAUAUUCAUCAUGAGAUCACUCUCGAAGGAUCCUCGAUCAUUCAAUGAUGAACGUGAAGAAGUUCUCAAACUUGUUAGAUCGUUUUUUGAUGUGCCAAAUGGUAUAAAACUUAUACCUUUGGGAAUAUUAAAAUCAAUUGUAUCAAUUGCUGAACAAUCUGAUGACAAAUUGAAAAUAAUGAGUUUAGAAACAUUAAUUGAAAUCAUGAUUCGUGAACCUGAAAUCAUAAUAAAAUGCGGUGGAAUGGGAAUUAUUUUAAAAUCGUUGAUUGAUGGACCAAUAGACAUGCUGGAAUGCAUUAUAAUGUCAUUAUUAUACAUUCUUGAUAUUCCAGAAACUCGUGAUUAUAUUAGACCAGGAAUUGAUUUGGAAAUUGAUCUAUCAUCAUUAGAAUUUUAUUCUAGUAGUAGUAAUAAUAGCAGUACAUUACAAAAUCAAAAUAAAUUAAACAUGAUUGAUCAUCAUUUGGCUAUUUUAUUAGUUGUUUUAAUUGAUGCUGGACUUCUCGAGAUUCUAGUUGAAAUGGUCGAAAAGAAUCAGGAUCAAGAACUAACAAGAAAAUCAAUUAUAUUUAUUAGCGAAAUUUUGAAAUUAUCAAGUAAAUUACUGCCAUCAUCAAGAUUUAUUAAAAUACAAUCACUGUCAAAAUUGUUUGAUUUAGCGACAAGGUUUGAUGAUGAAGUACUAAGAAAUGCUGCAACGGAAGCUUUAUCAUAUAUUUAUUACUCGAAUAAAUCUUCAAACCAUUCAAGUUCAAAUUCAAAAGUUUCAAAAAAUUCAAUAAUACAGAUCGACGAUAAUCAAUUUAGAAAUAUGCUGAUCGAGACGCAAGUAUUGACAACAAAAGAUUACACUAAAUGGGAAGUCAAGCCAAUAAUGGAAUUAUUACAAAAAAUAUUAUUAAACCCAAGAAGAUUAGAAGAAUCCAUUAAAAUAAAUUUCAUCAAAUCAUUGUUAGUAUUUCUAAGCCCUAACUCAAGACUAUUCUCGGAUAUUGUACGAUCAGAAGAGAAUGAGAAGAAAUACGUUGAUGUAGGGUGUACGCUCUUGACAACAUUGUUAAAUAAUAGUUAUGGUGUCAAAUAUUUGGAGAAAAAGUCGUUUUUGAGGCAUAUUUCUGAUUGCUUGAAUCAAUUGAUUCCGAUGAAUGGGAUUUCUGAGUCGGAACCUUUAUUCUCAAAAGAUCAAAUUAAUAAAACUUUAACCUUUGGAUAUUUUAAAAUCAUUGGAAUACUUUGUAAAUGUAAAGAAGGUCUCAGAUUAUUGGAAAAAUUUAAAAUAUUAAAUACAUUUUAUCAAUUGAGUGAAUUAAAUGGACGUGAGGAUAUCAUCAAAUCAAUAAUUAACAAUCUAGAUUAUAGCAUGCAACGUGUAAGAUUAUAUUCGACAAAUUAUUUGGGAAUACUUUUAAAAAAAACCGAAAAAAAUCUUACAGAAUGGGCGGUUCAAUUGUUGAUCACCCAGUUGUAUGAUCCUAUGAUAGAAGUUUGUCAAAUGGCCAUAAAAAUACUAGAAGAAUUAUGCGACAGAAAUAUUGAUAACAUAGAACUGAUGAUUAAAUAUAGACCAUAUUUAGACCAUUUAGGAGAAUUUGGAAAUAACUUGUUAUUGAAAUUCUUGUCAACUCCAAUUGGAUUCAAUUAUCUUUAUGAAAUUAAUUAUUUAGAGAGAGAAUUGAUUGAUUGGUUCAAUGUAAUAUUUACAUUUAUAUUUAUAUUGAGGCUUGGAAGUUGCUGUCAGAUGCUAAGAGAUAAAGGCCAUUUUACGGAAUUUUCUAAUUAUAUUAAAAAUCAUGGAAUGGAAGAUACAAAUUAUCCAAUAAUUAAAAAAUUAAAAUCAGUUCUUUGGGCUGUUGGAAAUAUUGGAUCAUCAAAGAAUGGAUUAACAUUUCUUGACGAAGAAAAUAUUAUUAAAGAAAUUGUUCACAUUGCUGAAAAUUCAAAUGUUUUAUCAUUAAGAGGAACAUGUUAUUAUGUUUUAGGAUUAAUAUCGAAAACUUUAAAAGGCGUUGAGAUAUUAAAAGAUUUAGGAUGGGAAAGUAAUUACGAUCCCGAUUUAGACUUAUUUACUGGAUUAUGUCUACCAAUUGAUUACAAAAAAUUCCUUACCGUUCCAAAAUGGGAAUAUAAAGGAGCUGAUGUAAUAUUACAAGAAAAUACUAUGCAAAAACCAAUCCCGUCGUUUGAAACUGAAAAAAUAUUGUUAAAAACUGUUUCUAACCUAACAAAUCACAUUCUAUCAAAUAUUGAAUCGACCACCAGUCUAUCAAAAAUUAAAUCCAGAAAUCCGGAAAUAUUUACCAAUUUUACAACUUAUUACAAAGUAAUUCAAAUGCUAUCAAUUUAUCAAUACAAAUUACCUGCAAGAAGAUACAUUACUGAAUUAUUCCAUAUAGAUUUUAAUUCUAAAAGUAUAUGGAGUAUGAAAAAACUACCCUGUUCAACAAAUAUUGUAAUGAUAGCAGGAAGAACAACUGUGGAAGAGGUAGUUUCUGACUCAGCACUUUCUCUUCCAGUGACAUUACUUGUGACUCAAAUUCAAAUACUGCUUGUCGACAACCCAUGUGAAAAACAAAAAGAAUUAUAUAGACGAUAUCAAACAAAGAGAAGUGAUAGGAGAAACGUCAAAGUUUUACAGGACAAUAAAAAUGACUAUAAAUUGGCAUUUAAUCACCAUCUUAUAUAUUCUGCAGAAGAAUUGCAUCUUGGAAAAUUAUGGAUGGUGAUGAAAAAAUUGGUUGCUAAUCUUGUGGAGACCAAUGUCAUGGAAUAUAAACCACAUUUGUACAAAGAUUUAGUCAAUGAUAUUCAAUAUUUCUGUGAACAAAGAUUUGGAAAUCUAAACUGUUUGAUAAUCAAUGGAGAGGUUCUGAUAUCAGGAUACUGUUAG